AGAGUACUUGCAGCAGAAGCGGCGAAGUACUGUUGGUCAGUAUUAUUAAUCAUAAACUUCACAUUUUUUUUGCUGGUCGGUAACCCUUCGUGCCUCUUAAUGCGGUCCUUUUCUCUCAGCAUGAGGCGCAUUUGCCUGCUUCCGUCUUUCCAUUGUCGACCUUCCCGCAUCCCCCAUCAGACGAGUAUCCGCGCCGGGUCUACAAAGGCGGCUAGCUCAGAAAGCCGUACCGCCUCUGCUUCUUCUCCUCCGCCUUCCUCCCCGGUCCGCGCCAUUCAAGCCGCCUCGCACUUCACCGGCAACUACCUCGACACAGCGUGGACGCGGCAGUUCAUUCUCGGUUCUCUGCUGCAGCGCUUUGACCCUCUCCCCCGCUCGACCACCCAAAAAACAGCGUUGUCCGCUGCCGCGAAUGCGCGUGCGGUGGAGGCGGCGUUGCUGGACUGCCAGCGCGUCUUCAGCUCCAUCUGGAAGCUCCCCGUGCGUCCUCUUGACCAACUCAGCGAGGCUCGCAUUCUCCGCCUCUUAGCCCGCUACGCCGCUGGGGAAGGCGUCUUGUCCGAUGAAGCCCUUGAAGCCUUCCAGGACGUUCUUCGACGCCUCCCUGGUGCCCCGGCCAACGUGACGGACCCGGUGCAGAUGCGCACGCUGUUGGAACUGAUUCGCUACGUGGAGCCGGGGGACAACUUGAAUCGAGUGGCGUACGCGGGGGAGCUGGCGUACCCCCCGCAGGCGCACGCCUUCAUGAUGGAGUUACUGGAGGAGGCCCGGCAGGUCGACGGCGGAGACGCCUUUGACGGGCUGCGCGAGCGCCGCGCCGGUCCGGGCUACGCCAUCGACUCCGCCACGACGAGUGAGGUGGACGACGCGAUUGGGGUGUGUGUGGAGGCGAAGACCGGGGAGAGGUACUUCGUGGUGUACGUCUCGGACGCCACCGUGUACUGCCCGUUUGACAGCUCGCUGGAGCAGGUAACGGCACGGCGGCUGACCACGACGACCUAUCUGCCGGAGGGGGUGUACUUUAUGCUGCCGAAGCCCAUUGUAGAGGCGGCGACGCUGCGGGAGGACCGCCCCUGCCGCACCUUCAACGUUAUCUUCCAGAUUGACGAGCGCACGGGGGAGGUGAAGAACUACGCCGUGGCGGUGGGCUGGUUGGAGCAGCUGCGCCGCAUCACCUACGAUCAGGUGCAGGAAAUAAUCGACAAGGAGGAGAAGACGAAAGACGGCGGCGACGCAGCGCGGAGCGAAUCGCAGCUGCGGACCACCGCCACCGACCCCGCGGCGUCCGCCCCGCUCCAGCACCCCGCACCGGCGUGGAUGACGCCGGCGGAUAAGGCGAACCUUUUCUACAUCCUGCACUGUGCGAGAAUUCGACUGCGAGCGCGGCUGGAUCGGCAGCGCGCGGCAGCGGCGGCAGCGGUGAUGGGCGGACCAAAAGAUGAGCAGCAAAAAUGGAAAGGCGGAGAAGACGAAGACGAAGACGAAGACGGUGCGAUGGCACCGCCGACGGACUUCAGUCUGCCCGACCCUCUCAUCAAGGUUAAGGGAACGCAGGUGCUCUCGGUGACCGACCAGGUCGUCUCCACCCAAGAUGCGCGGCUCGCCGUGGCGGAGUUGAUGAUUGCGGCAAAUGAGGUCUGCUCCCGUGUGGCACAAGCGAAUCACCUCGCCCUGCCCUUCCGCGGCACCCGCGCCCUCUCCGUCGACCACCUCGUCGCCCACUACUACUCUGAGCCGCAGGGGGUCUGCACGCCGGCCUCGCUCGACACCUCGCACGUCUUCCUCGCAGAGGCGAUGCAGUCGUCGGUGCGCCGGCUGAGCACCGUGACGCGCGCGAUUUACCAUCACACCCCGCUGCACCACGCCGGGCUGGACACGGCGUUUUACACCCACAGCACGAGUCCGCUGCGUCGCUACGCGGACAUGUUGGUGCAUCAUCAGCUGAAGACGUGGCUGUGGCAGCAGUACCGCGGCCGGGCCGCCUCGGUGUCCUAUUCGUCUUUUAUUCGAGGCGCGCCUCAGCAGUUUAUUCCAGAGCACGCGAUGGCCACCCUGUGUGCCAUGAUCAGCACCAAGCAGGAACGUGCCAGUCUGCUGCAGGACAGCAGCACGCGAUUUUGGAUUCUCCGCUACCUCGAAGACCUCGAGCGGACCUCCAACAUCGACGUCGCUGGAGCGAGCGCGGCGGCGACCGGAAGGAGGAGGAGGAAGACGUAUUUGUGUCUCGUGGGUGCGUCACGGCGAGUGGUGGGAGCUCCCACGUACAGCCGCUUUGCCUGUUCCUCGCAGGACACGUCCAGCCUACUCUCCCAGUCCUUUACGCGUCACAACAGCAGCUGCGCGACACAGCAUCCACUUCGUCCGGCGACGGUGCUGCUCGAUGAGCCGCGUUGGCGCCAGCGCGAGGCGGAGUUUACGUACGUAUCGGACAUCUACCUCCCCGAAGUGCAGCUUGUCCACACCAUCACCCACCACCGCGACGACAUCCGUGUCGGCGCCGUCGUGGAGUGCGAAGUGGCACGGGUGCAGCCGACGCAGGGGGUUUUAGAGCUGAACAUCCUCCGGGUCCUUUCCGGCGGCGACGAACGUCAUUACGAGCGCUUGUGGAUGGGCGCGUUGGUCUCCCAACUGGAUGCGUAA